AUGGUUGGGGCGGGGUUUUAUGUCAUACCUGAUUUUGAGCCAGCUGGACGCAUUAGCUUGGGCUCUCUAUUUCCUGCUCCUAUCGCACGCCUGAUUGACAUCAGCGGUCAAGUGGCUCCGUUUGAAUUAUUCUACAACAAAAAUUUCAGCGGGAGAAAGUUAGCAUGGAUGCACAGCUUUUGUAAUGUUGAAAUGAAGUUUAACUAUCUGAAGAAGACGUACUUCGUGACGAUGGGGACUUUCCACAUGGGGAUCCUGCUGCUGUUUAAUAGUGGCGACAAUGUGGAGAAGCUUGCAUUUAGCUUUAUACAGAAACACACAACACUGCCUGAAAGGGAGCUGGUCAAACAACUGCAGUCACUUAUAGAUACCAAAAUAAUCUCACAUGAAGGUGAAAUUACACCAGAGCUUAAUUCUCGAAGUUAA